AUGGCACAGAACGAUGCCGACCCGGAUAUCCGGUCCAUCAUGAAUGCCGCCGCGGCUAGUUGGUAUUCGCAGCGAAGUGCUUCUCCCCACACAGACCAUUCUCCGUCUGUCAAUCCCAAUGGUCCCGAGCCAGCACACAGCCAGAUGCAGCAGAGCGAUACGCCUGCCGCGACAGUCACAGAUGCACCCAGCAUUGGCAGCGACAUCUCUGCCUGGCAAAGCGCGUUGCAGAACCUACCUGAAGAGUUUAGGAACAGCGCAUUGCCGCUACACCCGCUGGCACAGGCUCUCUCGGAGCAGCCGACGUUGCGACCGGUGGAGUGGAACCAGUAUCGACAGCAAGGCGGCUUCAUUCCGAGAACGCCCCACGAUUACAGUUCUCUGAUGAUCUACAUCUCCGGCCAGGUCAAUCCAAACCCGUGCCGCAAUUGCUUGCUGAAGAACGGGCCGUUCGCACGCUGCAUCGUUGCGCCGCCCACGGUCCUGGCCCAGAGCGCCCUGAAGCACGCCUGCUCAAAUUGCACAUAUCAAAAUCAGUACAAGAAGUGCACCAACGCACCCCUCUCCCGAGAUGAGCUCGCCAGAAGUCAAAUGGCCCGGGUGCUCGUGAAGAAGCCACCCGUCACUCGACCGCCGGCCCCCAGGAAACCCAAGGUCCAUCUCCGCCCCAAACCCAGCAAGCAGGACUUUGGCCAUAUAGUACAGAAGCCUACAGCCAACAGCAUAUCCGCCGACUCGUUUGCCGAAAAGGUUCGACAGACCAGGAGUUGGUCGCCCCGCUCGCGACGUCGAAUGAAAGCCGAAGUCAUGCAAUGGCAAGCCGCCAUCGCCACAGUUGAGGCUGAAAAGACUCGCACAUUCCCUGGUGCAUCGUCUCAGACACCGAUGUCUGGGACCUCCAAAUUACCCCCUAUCAACCACCUCCCUCCUCAACCUGGUGCUGCAUAUAGAGCACCAAUGGCUGGCACUCUGCCUGCACCACAGGAUCCUUCCGCACAUAUGGGAAGAGACGAGUACGACCAAUACGGAACACAAGACCCUAUGGAUGAGGAUGUGUCCGAGAGCGACGAAGAGCAAGAGUACGAAGGCACGUCAUGGGUUGGACUUGGUGAUACGGGUCCUAUAAUAAAGCCACCGCAGUAG